GGCCCGGCCGUGGCCAUGGAGCUCCCGGAGACCCCCAUCAAGGACGGCAUCCUCUACCAGCAGCACAUCAAAUUUGGCAAGAAGUCCUGGCGGAAGGUAUGGGGUCUGCUGUAUGCAGGAGGCCCAUCAGGCGUGGCACGGCUAGAGAGCUGGGAGGUCCGGGAUGGUGGCCUGGGGCCAGCGGGUGACAGGUCUGCGGGGCCUGGCCGGCGGGGAGAACGGCGGGUCAUCCGCCUGGCUGACUGCGUGUCCGUGCUGCCGGCCGACGGCGAGAGCUGCCCCCGGGACACUGGUGCCUUCCUGCUUACCACCACGGAGCGAAGCCACCUGCUGGCUGCUCAGCACCGCCAGGCAUGGAUGGGCCCCAUCUGCCAGCUGGCCUUCCCGGGCACAGGGGAGAGCUCCCCAGGAUCAGGGGAGGCAGAGGCUCCCAAGAGGGACCUGGUCCCCAUGGAGGAGAACUCCAUCUACUCCUCCUGGCAGGAAGUGAGAGAGUUUCCAGUGAUGGUCCAGAGGACGGAGGCAGCCCUCCGCUGCCAGCUGAAGGGGUCCUACCUCCUGGUGCUGGGCCAGGAUGCCAUCCAGCUGAAGGAGCCCGCCAGCCCCCAAGCGCUCUACACCUGGCCCUACCGCUUCCUGCGCAAGUUCGGCUCCGACAAGGGCGUGUUCUCCUUUGAAGCCGGCCGCCGCUGCGACUCGGGCGAGGGCCUCUUCGCCUUCGGCAGCCCCCGCGCCCGAGACCUGUGCGGGGCCGUGGCCGCCGCCAUCGCCCGCCAGCGGGAGCGGCUCCCGGAGCCGGCGGGGCCCCGGCCCUGCCCGCUGCCGCGGGCCACCUCCCUGCCCUCGCUGGAGCCCCCGGCGGAGCUGCGGGACGCGCCCCCGGGGCCCGAGGCGCCCGGCGCCCGCAGGGCGCGCGCGACGGAGGCCGGCCCGCAGAGCCUGCCCCCGCUGCUGGGCCCCGGCGCCCCCGACGAGCCGGCGCCCGCGCUCUACGCCUCGGUGUGCAAGCGCUCCAGCCGCGCCCCCGGCGCCGCCGAGCACCUGUACGAGAACCUGUGCGCGCUGGACGCCGGCCCCGCGCCCGGCCCCGGCUGCCCGGAGCAGGAGGGCCCGGGCGGCCGCAGCUCGCCGGCCAGCCCCAUCUACCACAACAGCCAGGACCUGGGCUGGCCGGGCGCCGCCCCCGACAGCCUGGAGGCCCAGUACCGGCGGCUGCUGGAGCUGGAGCUGCCUGACAUCGGCGACGAGGCGGCGGGCGGCCGCCCCGGCGCCCACUCGGGCUUCAAGGCCAAACUGGUGACGCUGCUGAGCCGGGAGCGGAAGAAGGGCCCGGCUCCCUGCGACAGGCCCUGA